AGAACCGGUACCCGUUUCCACAGAACUGAUGAUCCUUGAGGUUUGUCUGCAGUUGCAUUUGGUGGGACAGUUUUCUGUUCGCAUAUACUUUCUGAGCCUUAGCCUGAACGUGGUUAAUCAGUGGGAACCAGUCCAGGCGACAUCCAUUGGAUAUUAUCCGUAACGCAGAGAAGAUCCCCCAAAAAGUAUCAGAUUGGGUUUGAGGUAAAAUACUUAGACAACGCAAUGUUUGGAUCUAUACUAAGCCGCAGGGUUUUGGGAUACUACGAGUACUUCAUGCCCGGGAUCUACGACUAUCCAGUCACCCAUAGUGCCGCUGCUACAAUCAGUGCCUAUCAGCUUGAUCCAGAACUGGCCAGCGGCUCAUCUCUUUGGUCCAUUCCCGAUGCGAAUGUCAACUAUGUGGUAGGACCAUUGGGCGUGAUCAACUAUCUUUCGGAUGUGCAGACACACUUGGCUUUGCCCACCAUCCAAAAUUUGGAAACUGGUGUCAUCUUUACCACCAUCAGUUCCAUUUCGCAGGACUCUUAUUAUCAUCAGUCGCUAUAUGACUAUGGCCAAGUGGAGGACGAUCUGACGGAUGAUGAGGGGUACGGUUAUGAGAUACCCCAGCUUGAUCUUGGCCCAGAGCGUCCUACUUCCGAAUCCGAUGGAGUGGAGCAGGAGCCAGUGGAGGAGUCUGGUGAUUCCGAACACUUAUCAAAGAGUUACUCCAGCGAGGAUUCGGGAUCAGCGGAACCUGUACAAACCGAUGAAGAGGUGCCCAGGAAGCGCAGAAAAGUCUCUCGCAAGCGCAUCUAUAAGGCCGAGCAGGGUUACCUGGUCGAGGAGCCAACCAGCGAACUAUCCGAGGAUGAUACCGCGGAACUCCCAACCAAACCCAGAACCUAGAAUUUUAUUCAAGUUCAGAAAGUUGGCGUUUUCAUUUCAAAUUAUUUGCCAUUGCGUUCAAAUUCGAGCAGUUUCAAAGCGACUAUAAACCGAUAUUUAGAUGCGUUUUCAGAUGUACAUAUAGCAAACGAAAUGUGUAAAAGCUGUUCAAAUUUGAUUAGUCGUUGCAAUUUGGUAGUGAGCAAAAUAUAUAUAUUUUGUAAAAAGUAUAAGCAAAGUAGUAAAAAAUA